AACUGCUCAAGGGGUGUUUCUGAUCACAGAACCGGGACCAAGAUGAAACUACACGAAGUCAUCUUAUGUGCAGCGUCAACGUCGACUUCCAAUGCAGGGCCUGGGUUAAUAGCCGUGCAUGAUAUCCAGUCAGGUUCCACCUUGGCCUCCUUCAAGCAGACCAACACCUCUUCACGAUGUCUUGCUGUCACUGAGUCUCGGGAUGGACUAGGCGGUGUUAUGUUUGCCGCGCAACAUGAAAAGUCUCUCCUCAACGUCUAUAACUUCCAGAAAGACCAACUCGCUCUAAAGAUAGUUUUGCCAGAGAAGUUGACAUGCUGUGCGAGUGAUCAUAGGGGACAGUUCUUUGCUGGUGGGACAGCCCAGGGACGGAUAUACAUCUGGGAGAUAUCAUCCGGGAUACUAUAUAAUGCAUGGGAUGCCCACUAUCGCCAAGUUAAUGUCCUUCGUUUCACCCCAGACGGAGCGGCACUCGUCUCGGGGAGUGAAGACUCGGGAGUGAGCGUAUGGGAAGUAUCCAGGCUGCUAGAUGAUAACUUGCAAAAUGAACUGCCGGUAUCUUAUUGCACAUUCACCGACCACACACUGCCCGUCACCGAUCUUGUCUGCGGAGUUGGACCGUUCCCAACAUCUCGGAUACUCACCAGCUCAGUCGACCAUACUGUGAAGCUUUGGGACUUGGGUGCUCGGACACUCCUCACAACAUUCCAUUUCCCCCAACCCAUAUCUCAUCUUGCUUGGGAGCCCACCGAGAGGGUUUUCUUUGCCGCAUCAUCGGGUGACGACGGGACCAUCUAUCAAAUGAACCUAUUCAAGCAGACGAGGGCAGGGAAGAACGCCAUUGUCGAAGCGAUCGGCGGCGGAGGUGCGACAGACAUAGUAAGGAUAGGCGACGAUGACGGCAGCGCGCCUAAGAAGAUGUCCAUACAGGUCGACCAACCAAUAACCGCCCUCUGCAUCUCCCUCACGUCGAGUCUCCUCGUCGUCGGUACCUCCCUCGGCACGAUCCAAACAUACGACAUCCCCUCGCAUCAACCCCUACGCUCCAUAAAUACCCACAAGGGCCUCGCCAUCACCCACCUGAGCACGAUGAUACGGCCGCCCGACCUGGUCGGGCAUGUCAACAUCCAGCUUGGCUUGAGUAGCGGCGUUGGCGUGAGCGGCGCGGCAGGGCAGGGCGAGGUGAUCAGCCUGAGGUCUGUUGUGCCGUUCGAUCGGACGAGGGAUCCGAGGAAGAGGGAAGCUCGGGAGGUUGGGAUAAUCCUCCCAGUACAGGGCGAUGUUCCCUAUAUUGACCCAGCAGAAUACCCCGAAGACGAGUUAUUCCGGGACCAUGCAUAUUUUACGCAACAGAUGGUGCCUGCUGCGAGUGGUGCCAACGGCGUCGGUGCCGUCUCGUUACAGUCGCGCGUCGCAGAGCUUGAGACGGAGGUGCAGAAGCUAAGGGAUCAGCUUGGGAAAGCAAAAAAUGUGAACGACGUCAUGUGGGAGACGGUGGUCAAGAAGGUUAUUAAGGAAGGGAAAGGGGGUGGGGACGCGGAUGCGUCGGAGGAGCCAAAGCGCAAGAGAGGCCGCACUUGA